AUGGCUGAUCCGUCGGCGCAAGAUGUAUAUGAGGAGCUGGUGAAAAACGAGGUAGCGCUGAAGCUCUAUCUUGACAGCAACAGGGAGCGGCUACAGGUCAUGUCAGGUGUGUUGAUGGAGUUAGCGGGAGGUAAAGGGGCGCUCAAAGGGCUCCCCUCAGGAAAGGCUCCCGGGCAGGAUGGGCUGUCAAAGGAGUUUUUUGAGCGAAACUGGGACCUGCUAGGGUCGGCGGUGCUGAAGGAGAUACGGGCGUUUGAGCUGUCGGCGGAACUCUCGGAAGCUUUCACUACUGCAGUCACAAUCCUCCUGCACAAGAAGGGUGACAAGGAGUCAUCAAGCAACUACCGACCGAUUACUCUGCUGAGUUUCUUCUACAAGCUGCUCACGAAGGUGCUGGCAAAUUGGAUUAAAGUGGCCUUACCGCGGGUGAUCUCCCCGAACCAGUUUGGCUUCCUCCUCUGCAGAAGCUUGAAGGAAGCAGUAUCACUGGUAGCAGACGUGAUUGACGCAGCGGCGGAAGGUGAUGAGGACUGGCUGCUUCUUCUCGUGGACUUUCAAAAGGCGUACGAUUCAGUGUCCCGGGAGUACCUGUUCAAGACACUGAGGGGCAUGGGUUUCCCGGACAAGUUUAUAAAGUGGGUGAAGGGUCUACAUGAUGGUGCUGCCAUGAGACUCCUGCUCAACGGCUGGUUGGGGGAUCGAGUGGAGAUGCUCAAGGGAGUGCGGCAGGGGUGCCCACUCGCACCAUACCUGUUUCUCUGCAUUAUCGAGCCACUCUGCCAGGAGGUGGAGAGGAGAGGGCUUGGAGUAAGAAAAAGGGGAGUGGCUGGGGAGUUGGCAUAUGUCGGCUACGCUGACAAUAGUACACUAGUGCUGCAAGAAAGGAGCAGGUGGUGA